AUGUAUCGACGUGAGUUUUUUGUUAAUAUAUUUGGUCCCCAUAGAGAAGAAUUUGAUCCCACCAAGGAAUCGUUUGAUCCCGUGAAAGAUGCCUGUUGGCGACUUAAUGAACCCGUCCCUUAUAUUGCGUUUGCGAAGACGCUUUGGUGUAUUGAAAGCAUUUCGAGUCGUCUUAAGAUAAUUGAAAUUUUGUCAAAUUUUUUUCGAUCUGUGGGUGUUCUCUCUCCCAAGGAUUUGCCUGCAUGCAUUUACAUGUCUAUCAAUCGGCUUGGCCCGUCUUAUGAGGGCUUAGAGCUGGGCAUUGGUGAAACUCUUCUCAUCAAGGCACUCACUCUUACCACGGGUGCUAGUAAUGUUCGGAUUAAAUCCGAGUUCAAUCGCCUUGGAGACCUUGGAGCUGUGGCUGCGGCCAUUAAAUCGCGUCAGCAGACUAUGUUUAAGCCGAAACCGUUGACACUGCAACAGGUGUUUGAACGACUGAAGGAGAUUGCCCUGAUGGCUGGGAAUGCGUCUCAGGCAAAGAAGGUGAAGCUUAUCCAGAGUCUUCUAGUUGCAUGCUGUGAGUGCGAAGCAAAAUAUCUCAUUCGAAGUCUCCAGGGCAAGCUGCGCAUCGGUUUAGCCGAGCAGUCUGUGUUGACCGCUUUGGGACAGGCCGUGGCUUUAACUCCUUUUCACUCGAUUCAGGCCCUGCUAGCCGAUGGACAGCCUCUAACUCCUAGUGUUUUGACUACCAACUGGAAGACAAAGAGUGGUGCGGAAGCUUGGAAAGCCUAUUCCGAAGAGGUGGUGGGGCAUGUGAAGCAGGCCUACGCACAGUGUCCCAACUAUGAGAAGAUUGUUCAGAGCCUUUUGGAGGACGGACCGAAUGAUGUUCAUAAGAAGUGUUGCAUCGUCCCGGGCAUUCCAAUUCGACCUAUGCUUGCGUACCCUACCCACGGAGUCACCGAGGUUUUAAAGCGCUUUGAUCAGGCCGACUUCACGUGCGAGUACAAGUAUGAUGGAGAGCGAGCUCAAAUUCACCUCUUGCUGGAUGGUAGCGUUCGGGUUUACUCGCGCAACCAGGAGGAUACAACCUCUAAGUACCCAGAUAUCGUAAAUAGUAUGGUGGUCAAUGUUCUCCAAAACGCUAAACUCACUGACGAGGCCUGCAAACUGCUCUCUUCCAUCAGCGGUACCGUUCAAGAGGGGAAUUCUUCUGUGACCACGUUCAUUUUGGACUCGGAGGCUGUGGCCUGGGAUGUUAAUGUCGCACAAAUUCUUCCUUUCCAGGUUCUCAGUACUCGAAGGCGCAAGGACGUGCAGGAGGAAGAUGUGGUUGUUCGUGUUUGUAUCUUCGUCUUUGAUUUGCUCUACUUGAAUGGAGUACCCCUCACCGACCAGCCUUUCAGAAAGAGACGAGAACUCCUUAGUUGUUUAUAUAUGGAGGAGUCUUGGUAUUCUAGUAGGCAUCAGCAGCAUGGAAUCCUGCAGGGUCGCUUUACCGCAUUGAUCAUUAUUUUGGACGAAUGUGCUGUCAUCUACUUCGGUCUGCCGGAUGUAGUUGUUAUCGCCUAUGGGCACUCGAAUGUAGUGCACAGACUUGCUUUUCCAACACUUCCCGGCAAAUUCAUGUUUGCUACUUCUCUGGACAGCUCCGAUACGGAUGAGAUUGCCCGCUUUAUGGAUGAGUCGAUCAAAGGCAACUUUUUGCGAAAUUGUGAAGGCGUAAUGGUGAAAACAUUGGAUAAGGACGCUACCUAUGAAAUUGCCAAACGUUCACGAAACUGGCUGAAGCUCAAAAAGGACUACCUUGAAGGUGUUGGUGAUACUCUCGAUUUAGUUGUCGGCACUGGUUUGAAGGACGAGGACCUGGCGAAGCUGUCGGACUUUUUCAAGGACCAUACAAUUCCUUCAGCUAAGACCUACUAUCAGUACACUAAGAAUCUGGAACCUGAUCAUUGGUUUGAGCCUGUUCAAGUGUGGGAGGUGAAGGCAGCGGACAUUAGCAUCUCUCCGGCUCACAAGGCUGCCGCGGGAAUGGCAGACCCAGAGAAGGGUCUCUCUCUGCGCUUCCCACGUUUCCUGCGCGUUCGUGAGGACAAGAGACCUGAAGAGGCAACCACUGCGGCACAGGUCUAUGAGAUGUACCGUGAUCAGGAACAUAUAAAAAACGCUGAUAAGCUGGAUGAGCCAAAUGAGGAGGAAUUCUACUAA